UCCCUGCCUGGCCCUUGCGAGCCGCCCAGCUCUAGGGAGGGUGGCCUUCUCAAGUGCAGCUCCGCGCCGUCUCUUAGAUGCGGCUGGAGAUGCUGCGGUGGGCUCGCUGCUGCUGCUGGCUGAGCGUUUGCCUCUCGCUGCUGUGUGGUGGCGGCGCUAGCGAUCCGGCCAGACAGCAGUGCCUGGGGCCCCGCUGCUCGGGCAGAGCCAGCCGCCCGUCCCGCUCCUUCCCUCACACCGCCACGCCCGCCCGCGGCAAACAGGAGCCGAGCGCCGCGCACACUGCCCCUCUCCCCGCCUUCCCCUCCAGGAGCGCCGCCGAGCCCAGCCCGGAGCUCCCUGCCCCGGCCGCUAGGGGCGCCGGGGAGAGCUGCCUGGGAGCGGACUGCGCCGCCCGGGCCCCCAACGGCACCAGCCGGGACUGCAAGGGCGUUGAAUGCAAACUGCCCCUGCGGCUCCGCCACAGGUCCCGGCCGGGCAGCGGGGCUCCGUGCGCCCAGCAGGGAGAGGCCUGCCCGGAGCCUGCCCUGCUCAGAGAGGCGGAGCGAGCCGCCCAGUUCCUCGCUGAAGACUUCGCCUACCCGGCCUCGGAGCUGGGCGUGCAGCUCACCUGCGACCUCAGCCCAGGAGAAAAUGAAGUUCCAUCUGAAGAUGCACUAGUAUUACAACUGCAGCUUGCAAAAGGCCAAGAUAAAUUUGUUGAAAUGUUAAAAAGCCAACAGAAGAUAAUUGUGGAUUUGCAACAAAAACUUGCUGAACAACAGAGCACGUUAGUUAGCCAGCAACGAGAAAUUCUUGAACAACAAAGAAAAAUGUAUGAGCAAAUGCAUCUGAUAAAAGUCCAGUAUGGCAUGCUUUUCGACACAGUGAAACAAAUGUCAUUUCAGAGUUUGCAUGAGGAUAUUCAACAUUAUUUUGAAACCCAGCUUCAAGGACUUCAGAAUCAGGUCAGAAGUCAUCUCCAGAAGUCAUACUCUGUACAGAAAGUAGAAGUUGAUGCAAAAGUGAUUGAUGUUAGGGAGUCUUUGCUGGACUGCGGCCUUUGUAAAAGUGAUGAAUUUUGCAAUUUCCAAAAGACACCAUCACAGUGUGAAAAAUGCACCUUGUGCCCUGCUGGUUUUUUCCAAAUGUCUGAAUGUUCUGCAAACGCUGAUCGGAUUUGCCAGGACAGAGACGAAUGCAUUGAAUCUCCCAGCAUUUGUGGUGAGAGAAUAAAAUGCCUGAAUACUCCAGGUGGCUUCCGAUGCCUUGGAAUUGCUGAAAAAGAUGCAGCCUUGGGACUGUGUGGAGAGGACUAUUUCUUUAAUAAAGAAAUGCAGGAAUGCCAGGCUUGUUCAGAGUGUGAGGAUGGAAUAGUAGCUUUCCCUUGCUCACCAGUCGCUGACACUGUUUGUUCAGGAGCCAGCGAGAACAAGCUUUCUGAAUCGUGGGCUGCAAACGUUAUUUUACCCUCAGCAAAGUCUGGCACUUCUCAGAUCUACUCUGGUUUAAACUUGAAGAUAAAGGGAAAGCUUCACUGUGAAGUUGUAACUGUUGAAGAUAACAGCCUGGUAUUCAGGCAACAUGGUUUGAUGUGGACUGACCUCAAUUUUGCUGUAAAGCACAACUGCAGAAACUUUCUCCAGCUGUCCUUGAAAUUAAAUGACACAGACGAAGGCUGUGAACUGAGUGGUGUUCGUAUCGAACAACCAGAAGGAAAAUAUUUUCAGAGCACCAGUUUAAGCAGCGCGGCAGAAGUGGAACCAAGCCAAACUCUCUCUCUCUUUCUGAAGAGUCCAAAUCAAUUCUGCAACCAAAGUAAAGACUUAAAUAUUUAUGACCUUAAUACUCCUCUCAGUUUGUUUUGGUUGUCCCAUGAUACAGGUGCAGUGGCUAUGAGUGCACAGAUGUCAACUGCAAUGCACUAUCAAACUAACUAUCAACCUACUUUUAAAGUUAUUUCCAUUUCUGACCCUUACAUGCUAAGUUUGUCUCACGAUGGCAGAGCUAUAAAGUUCACUGAAACAGGUGUUAUAAAAUUUGUUUUUCACCAAGCACUCUAUUCCAUGGGCCAUACAUGUGUUCGUGAAGGCUUUUCCUUGGUUUCUUAUAUCAAUAGGAAUGGUACUAACCAAGAAUUAAUGAACAUGUAUAAAUCUGGUGUAAAUUACAGAGACACAUCAAUAUCUGCUUCUGGGGCCACAAAAGUCAACAGUGGGGAUCUGCUUAGCUUUGAGAUCCUUUCUCCAGCUCAAUGUAACGUUCGAUAUUUUGGAGACAGCUCUGGAAUUAGUAUGCUUAGCCUCAUCUGGAUCCCAUCUGCAGUUUCCACUGCCAUCUCAGCCACAGUCUCUGUUACACGACUGCCUACAGGAGCUGUCAGAAACAAAUUACUGGAUUUCACCCAGGUCUCAGCCAGUGAGAAACAAAUACAGCUUGUUUCUUCUGGAGAACUUGCUCAGAAGUACUUCAGAUUUACUGAAAGGGGAGUUGCUAGCAUUGCUUUUAGUUUAAAGCUGAUCCACUCAUGUAAUGUACUUAAAGUGACUCUAAAUCAUUUGAUCAAUGAUCAGAUGCAACCCACAGCAAUUGGCCAGCAAAUUGGAGGUCAGAUGCCUGAGGGAAGUAUAUGGACCAGUGUGUCCCUCCGCUCUUCUUUCGAAGUGCAUAAUGGUACAUUGAUAUCCAUUUCUCUUGACUGUGUUCGUGGAAGAAUCAAUCAGAUCGCUCAUGAACAUAGCACCAGUAUAUCUAUUUUAUGGAUUUCAUCUUAGUUACUUUCGAGUGAAGUAAGCCCGAAUGGACAGUUUGCAAUGGGUUUUGAAUUUUGUCAUACUACAUAUGUUCAGAACCAUAGAUUGUGUGAACAUGUACAGAACAUUGCAUUAAAAUAUUCUUACCAUUUGGAACAUUUUAAAAAUAAUCUUUGGUUGGAUUAUCAUCUAAACAAAAGUAAUGGUUCUGCUUUUCCAAAGAGAUUGCUCUGUUAACAUCUUGGAUUGUAGUGUCAGGAGUCCAGCUCAGGCUCUGCUUCUUACAAAGCAUUCUCUUGAACUCAGAUUUUGCAGGACCUACAAAAUAUGAGGGAGUUCUGGGUGGAGGUCACAAUGUUAUUGGAGCUGGGGAGGUUGAGCUACAGCUACCCUUAUUUCUGCAGUGCUGCUGGUGGUGGCGGCAGCUUUGCCUUCAGAGCCGGGCACUUGGAGAGUGGUGGCUGCUGGCUGGGAUCCCAGCUCGAAAGGCAGCGCCGCUGCCAGCAGCACAGAAGUAAGGGUGGCAUGGCAUGGUAUUGUCACCCUUGCUUCUGCACUGAUGCUGGUGAGGCUGCCUUCAAAUCGGUAUAAUGUUAACUCUAAUAUCAGAAUUCUGGACACUUCAAGAGCAAAAUCCAUUUAUAAACAACAUUUUGUUCCAUGGCCGUGGAGUCCUUGCCCACACAGAGUGGUACUCUUCUCUGUGAGUAUUUCCAGUGCAGGUAAUUGCAAAGUAAGGUAAGUAUGAAUAAGCGUGGCAGAAUCUGGCCCUUGCAGAUAAAGAUGGAUAAACAGAACCUAUUCUAAUGCAUAUAUGCAGUCCUGUAGGUUACUACGUUACAGUAUGUAUGUAACAUGCAUUAGUUCAUUGUAGUAAUCUUGUCCAUUACAGAAGGGAAAUACUUCAGACUUUCUAAUGCUGCUUAUAUAUAGGAAAGAUAAUUUGGUUUAUAGCAGACUGCCAUUCCUGUGUAAUGACAUUCUGCUUCGAUGUGUGUUCUAAACAUUUUGCAACUGUAAAAAUUUUAUCUGAAUAUAUUUUAUUACUUUUACAAAGUUUUUAUAUUUCUAUAGUGUCAAACCUGGAGGGAUAUCUUAAGUAUAUUUUAAUUUAAUACUGUGUUUUUGUGCUUUCUGUUGGUGUUUAUGCAGAAUACAGUACAUUAUGAAAACUA